AUGGGAUUGACGGUACUGAUGCUUCUGCAGGUGUUGAUGGGUAAGUGGAACAUUUUUCUGCAUGAGUUAAUAUUCCACACCACCAGUAGGGGGCACACUGGACCCCCCACCCCACAUCACCACACAGUAAUCUGGGGAAGAUGAUCAGCACCUCAGCAGGAGGGCCUACCACCAAUGCCUGUCCUGGGGACCAACUUAAAAACUGUGUGAUGGGUGGUGAAUUGCAUUGUGAAAGACUGUAAGAAUGAGCCUCAUUUGGCUUGUUGGCCCUUUAUAUUCCGCCCUGAAGAAUGAGAGGACUUCCCCACAUUGGAUCAGCCUGGUCAUUGGACAAUAGGAUAUGCAUUCCUAAAUUUCUUAUAAACUCAAUCAAUUGAAAUUAAGAUAUGAUUUGCUUGAGCUAAGUUUUCCAGAACAAAGCAAACCAUGUCAACUUUGCAAGACCUAGGCCAUCAUUUAUAAAGUCAUAAAUGGUUUAGGACCAGAUUAUCCAAAAGACAGUCUCUUUCUGUAUGAGCCUGCCCAAGGGUUACAAUUAUCAUCAAAGUUCAUUUCUUCUCUCUCACCACCUAAAGAGACUUGGCUAAUAGGAACUUGAAACAGUAUUUUCUUUGGAAGCAUCCUGGUUACGGCAUUCACUCCCAAGAAAAGUUAGAUUAGUCCCACCCAGAUGACUUUUAGGUGGGCAGAAAAAGUGCCUUACUUCAUCUGAAUUUCAGUGGGGUUUAAUUACAAAAUUGAAGUUUUUAUUUCUAUAUGUCUUUGCUUUUAAGCUUUACUUAUAAUGUUUUAGUUUGUUUAAUGAUUUUAUUGGCUUAGGGUAUUGUAAGCUGUUAGUAGCGGUAUUUAGAGGUGAAAAUGGAUUAGAAAUGAUUGUUUAGAAAAAUAGAUCCAUGAAAUAUAAUUCAAAUAAUUGUUUCAAAAGUUGAGGUGUCAGAUUACCAAACUGUUUACAAUACAUCUUGAAAUCAAGUUAUCAUUUGCCAAACCAGAGCUGCCACUUGGUGCUGAUCGAUGUGUGGCAAGCAGACUUUGCAAGACCUUAACUGCUUUAGUGAAAAUUAGUCAUCUUGAAUCUGAGUUUCUAGAGGGCCCAGUUCCAAGGUCUUACAGGCAGGCUAUAUUUUCAACCCAAACAGGAGAUGAUUACGUUAGAAUUUUCCAAAAAAAAGAAAAAGAUAGAACUAGUGACAAGUGUAAUCAACUGCUCGUUCUUAAAGCACUUUAUUUUGAAGUAUUUUUUAAAAAAAUAUAUUUGUCAGUAUAUCGUCUGAAGGGCUGUAGCUCAAUGGUAGAGCAUGUGUUUUGAUUGCAAAAUGCCCCAGGUUCUGACUUAGGAUAAAACAAUUUCCUGUGUUGAUAUAAAUUAAUGUGAUGAUUAAAUGCCUGUGUUGUCUUUUUUCACUUCAUUCUCACCACAAACAGAGUAGAAUGGACUUGAAAGUCAGGAAGAUGAGCCAUGUUUUGAGUAUUUGGUUGGUUCCUUAAAUGCAUUGGCAGAAUCAAGGAAGGCACAUCUUAGCUGCAACAAUUACAAUGCCCAACGCAGGCUAGUUCUGAAUCCAAAACAACAUUUUUAGUCAUGGGGGAUGAAUGUAUAGCUCUCAGCCACAAUAUUUAUAUUUAAUAUAACCAUCUGGCAAGUAAUUUCAAGAUAAUGGGCAGUAUCCAUCCAACAAAACAGAUCUGCAAGUCCAAAGAUUUUUGCUUGUGCAAUGUAACUUUUCCACCAUUUUGAAAGGGCCAAAAGAGAGUGUGUUGGGGUUGCUGGGUAACUGUAAUAAGGGGAGCAUUUGGGAGCAGCACUAACAGACUGCCAAAGAAAUUCCUUGGUGCCCCAUCCCAGAUGAUCCAAAGCCAGCCUAGGCAGGGGUAUAAUAGUUCAGCAGCCUUCAUGGUGUGACUCUAGAUUCUAGUUCCAAUACAUUGAUUUUGUUUUGACCCCUUUUUCUUUUCUUUUCAGAUGCCAACCCAAGUUAUGCAAGCAGAAGUGAGUACUAUUUCUAUAUGCUUUUAUUGUGCUUGAAGCCAAUGAGUUUUUAAUUAGGAAAAUUAUUCAAUUAAAUGUUUAGAGAUAAGGAUUCCUUGUGGAGAAGGGUGGUCUUGGUCACAGAGCCCUGUGGAUCAUGGCUGCUAUAACACUAUCAAAUUAGAAUAGCACUAGUGGCUUGCCUCACAAGGACAUGCACCCUAAAAUUGCAAUAUCACCCUGUAGAUGAACAUGAGAUACAGGCUGCAUGCACGCCAUACAUUUAAAGCACAUUUCCCACCCAAGAAACCUGAGAAGUGUAGUUAAUUAAGGGUAUUGGGAACUGCUGCUCUUACAAGGACGGAUACUUUAAAUGUAUGGUGUGCACAUAGCCUGGUUCUCUGAGUGCCAUUCUUUAUGCAACUUAGGGAAAAGAAGAUGGAAUGGAGUAGCCUGUAAAGGGGCAUGGCAGGCUGGCUGGCUCCCUGAACCACACCACAAUCUACAGCGGCCAAGUAGAUGCGUUCGGGACCAUAGAAGUAUCCUGUGUUGCCUUGUCCCCUAGCAAGUGGUGCACAGUUAUACUAGUAAGCAACUGGUAUGCUGUAUAUACUGGUCCGCUGCAACAGAACACAGAAGCUCUAUUUAACAAUUAUGCUUAAUAGCCAUUGAGAGACCUGUCCUAAUAAUGAUAUCUUCCUCAGUAUGUGGAAAACAGGGAAUCCUAAACCGGAUCAUAGGGGGGAAAGACUCGCAGGAUGGAGAAUGGCCUUGGCAGGUUAGCAUAAGGUUGGAUGGAGCGUACCACUGCGGAGGGUCCCUCAUCACUGAUCAGUGGGUCAUCACAGCCUCACAUUGUUUUAAAGUGUAAGUAUGCCUUUCCAAUCCCAUCCACCCCUCAAGUAUCACUGAAAUUAGAUUUCACACACAUUUUACAAAGUCGGCUUUCAAUGCUGAAUGUUGAAAUAUUCAUUUUUAAGGGCCUCUCUUCAUGCUCACAGAUUUCUCAGGACAAUAAUGUUUAUCAUAACUGGCCUAAUUCAGUUGGUUGGGGGUUUUUUUGUCUACAUUGGCUUCAAUGCGUCGAUUUCAGCGAAAGCUGUGUGAAAAUAGAUGCAGAACAGCAAGCAGGAAGCCAAGAAUGAACCUUCAGAUAAUGGCUUGUUUGGAACAAAAUGAAGAACUUAAGCUACAUGCGCUGGUCAAUGGCUUGUGCACAGCUGUAGACAGCACUGGUGGACAGCACUGAGUCCAAAAAUGCCUACUGAUUCCAGUACUAUAUAAGUUUCUAACUUGGGCUGGACCAGCCCAGUGCUUUACAGCAGGGAUGGUGAACCAGUCUGAGGGCCUCAUACUCUCAUGGACAAUCUCCUGUGGUGGGACACAUGUCAGCGAGGAGAGAAACAAAGGCAAAAGUAUGCAAGGCAAAGGCUGUGAUUCUUACCAUUAUACACUAGGCUGCAUUGCAGCCACACUGAAAAUGGAGGCUUCUAUAUGCAUAUAGAGGGACGCAGGUGGCGCUGUGGGUUAAACCACAGAGCCUAGGACUUGCCGAUCAGAAGGUUGGUGGUUCGAAUCCCCGUGACGGAGUGAGCUCCCGUUGCUCGGUCCCUGCUCCUGCCAACCUAGCAGUUCAAAAGCACGUCAAAGUGCAAGUAGAUAAAUAGGUACCACUCCGGUGGGAAGGUAAACGGCAUUUCCGUGUGCUGCUCUGGGUUGCCAGAAGCGGCUUAGUCAUGCUGGCCACAUGACCCGGAAGCUGUACGCCGGCUUCCUCGACCAAUAAAGCGAGAUGAGCGCCGCAACCCCGGAGUCGGCCACGACUGGACCUAAUGGUCAGGGGUCCCUUUACCUUAUAUGCAUAUAGACACAUCUCCCUGUUGUCCAUCCAGGCAAGUGAGAGUUUCAUGAUUCACAUUCCAGCCAUGCAAAAGCACUGAAGUAAAGCCAGUGGAAGUAGCCCACCCACCCCCACAAAGCCUGAAGUUUUACACCACCAUUUUACAUAUUGGUGGUGUUUUUUUUCUCUCCAAAUCUCUAAACCCAACAGUAAUUGAAGGAGGUUGCAACGAAAAGAACCGAAGUGCUACAUCCUUCCACUGGAAUCUGCCCAUACUCCAAGAUGUGUCUCGGACGCCCUUCACUGGGUGCCCCCACCCUCAGAACGUUGGUGGAUGGUGAUUGGAAAAUGAGCCUUUUCAUUGGUGGCUCCCUGGUUCUGGAAUAUGCCUCUCUGGGCUGCAUGCCUGUCAAUGAGCUUGAAAAUCUUUCAGCACCAGGCUAAAACUUCCUUAUUUAACUAGUUUUUGAAUAGAGUUUAUCUGAUUUUUAAAAUUAUUUUAAAUCAUUAUUUUAAAAUAACAGCAUUAUUUUGAAUGUUUACUUAAUAGUUUUAUUUAUCUAGAGAUAAUCCUGAAAGAUCAGCUGAAAAAAAUCAAAUUGAACUUUUUUUAAAUUGGGGGUGCAAACUAAAAAUGGGAAAUAUUGGGAUUUGUUUCACACAACCCAACUCCUUAACCUGUUCCAUCCACUUAACCCUAAGGAUAAGAAUUCACUGACAUUCUCUCUGUCUCCUCAACCCCAUUGUGUCUCUCUAGGCUCAGCACCCCUUCCAACUUCACAGUGAUGCUCGGAGCACUGAAACUCUCCAGUCCUGGUCCUCAUUCCAUCACCACCGCUGUGAAACGUAUCAUCCUCAAUCCUACAUAUGAGGGGGAUGUGAAAUCCGGAGACAUUGCUCUGCUGCAGCUGGACAAGCCAGUGAAUUUCUCCCAACGGAUCGUCCCCAUCUGUGUCCCUGAUUCCGAUGUCGUCUUCCCCCCAGGACACAUGUGCUGGGUCACGGGUUGGGGAGAUGUGCAAGGCAGAGGUAGGUUCAAAAGAGAGAGAUAAUAAUAAUAAUAAUAAUAACAACAACAACAACAACAACAACAACAACAACAAUAAUAAUAAUAAUAAUAAUUUAUUUAUACCCCGCCCAUCUAGCUAGGUUUCCCCAGCCACUCUGGGCGGCUUCCAACAAAACACUAAAAUACAAUAACCUAUUAAACAUUAAAAGCUUCCCUAAACAGGGCUGCCUUCAGAUGUUUUCUAAAAGUUUGGUAGUUAUUUUUCUCCUUGACAUCUGGUGGGAGGGCGUUCCACAGGGUGGGUGCCACUACCGAGAAGGCCCUCUGCCUGGUUCCCUGUAACCUGGCUUCUCGCAGGGAGGGAACCGCCAGAAGGCCCUCAGUGUCUGGGAAGAACGAUGGAGGUGGAGACGCUCCUUCAGGUAUACUGGACCGAGGCCGUUUAGCAGAUCGACUCCCUCUGCUGAAACAAACUGGGGAUAACUCCUAUCAGCCACCCCAGCAUGGCCAAUGGUGAGGAAAUUAUAGGAACAGUAGUCUAAAACAUCUGGAAGGUACCAGGUUGGAGAAGGCUGCAUUAGAGGGGAAUUUAUGCUACAGACUGUAAGUGGUUUAACAGCCAUUCCCUCUUUCUUGGGAGUCCUGGGAAUUGUAAUUCUGGGUGUGGGAGGAGUUAAGAAUCUUUAACAGAGAAUCAUCACCCCUCACCAAACUCCAAUUCCCAAGAUCCUUCUGGAAAAAGAACCGGCAGUUCUAGUGUUAUGAAACCAAUAUAUACUUUAUGGUAGGGAGUGAGAGACCUUAGCUAUGCACGUCUGAGUCUAUAAUGCUCCAGCUUCUCUCUCUCUCUCUCUCUCUCUCUCUGAUUUCUCCGGUUAAUCCCUAACAAUAGCAGUUCACAGACACAAGGCAGCAGGACUAGUCUGGAGUUUGUAAUUUUUGGCUACUGUGUCUCUAACAGUUUUGUGACAGGCAGAAGUCCUGCAAGUGAAGAAAUCCAGCUGUAGCAGCAUCUGCAGGUCAGGAAAUGCUCUACUUGCUGGAUUUCUGUUUAUUUAUACAGCUCUUAAAGGCAAAUUAAGUUGUGCCCAGUGGUAGAGGCAAGGAGAGAAGUUGUCAAGCUAUUUAAAAAGUUUGGUUGGUAGCAACCAUUUUUUCCUCCUGAAUGCCUGGUUCCAAGGGCAGUGGGGAGAGGAGCACACAAUUAUGGCUGCCAUAACACAAGUGGGCUUUCAUUUGUGCAGCAUAGUACAAAGGCUUCCCCAAAAUAAGAGAAAGACAAAAAGGGAAACAAACUAGAGAUAAUUCCAGCUUAGUUCAUAAGAGCAUUCUAUAAUCAAAAAAAUAUUCUAUAUCACCUAUAAAAUAUUUGUAAUUUUUAUCAUUGCUAGGUAGCAAUGUGAUUUUAUGCAGUAUUUUAUACUAUUGGUUUUUGUAUUGUACCUAUUUAUCUUAUAUGAGAAUGGCCUAUGGCCCAAGCAUUAAUAAACUACCACUACUACUGUUUUUUAAUUAUUGUUACUGUUACUACCACUAUUGUAUAAUGGGAAUAGCAACUUACAAAAGAUGAAUUGUAAGAUAAUAUAGAUACAAAAUAGAAAUCCAUUAGGGGGAAAGCCAGGGGAUGUAAUCUCUACCCUAAUGGUCUAGCUCCCAACAACAGAAUAUAAGUUCUCAUUAAAAACAAUGAACCAAAUGGCACCUUAAACAUGAACAAUGCAAUGAGUCUGUUCAGAAGAAAAAAAUCAUGUAGCUCAAUGUGACUUAUGCCCUGGCAAGUGUGUGAAUAGGAUUCCAUCUUAGCACAUCUAGGGGGCCAGAAGCUUUCACAUGCCUUCUUCAUCAGAUGCAUGGUGUGGGACCCUCAAGGUGUGAAUGGAUAGGUGAUAGAUGAUAGAUAGAUAUAGACAGACAGACAGAUAGAUGAUAGAUGAUAGAUAGAUAGAUAGAUAGAUAGAUAGAUAGAUAGAUGAUAGAUAGAUAGAUAGAUGAUAGAUAGAUAGAUAGAUAGAUGAUAGAUAGAGAUAGAUGAUAGAUAGAUGAUAGAGUGUCAGAAUGUCUUUAGAAAGCGAGGCCUGAAAGCUGAGCAAUCUAAGAGACAGGUGUGCCACAAUCGUAUGCCAAGAAAAAUGAAAAUGAGAUCCCAUCAAAAGAGGAAAAAGAGUGGGUGUGACACGCUCCAACUGGUGAUGAAUUGGCCAAGCAAGAUGAAUAAUGUACAUUAAUGCCUAAACAGGGACAAUUACCUUUUGUGGUGAGUGAGCCAUUCCUAAUCCCCUAUUGAAUCCAAAGUCUGUUAGUGUCAGAUCUGCAAAUAAAUUGCAGCUAACAAAGGAGUCUCUCUUUGAAAUCUUUUGGGUGAUGUGUGACAACUUGUAAGCCAAUUAUACAAACAGGGAUAUAUGUCUAGAACCUGUCACUCACAUAAUUUUAACCAUAAUUCCAUUUUGUACUUGAAUUUGUUUGUUUUAUGAAAUCCUCUAAAAAAAUGGAUUUAUAAAGUGUAUCUUCUCUCAAAAUACAUAUUCAAGCGGAUAUAUAUUUAUAUAUAUAGUCUUUUGAAACUUAAAUCUGCAAUCUGCAUAGCUCUAAAUUUCUGAUAAAUGCAGUGACCAUUCUGUGACAUGCAAAAUCUGGUAGGUAGCAAAGACCUGGUCCAUGCACAGGGAUUUGCAAAGAAUGCAGUCUGCAAUCAUUCCCAGUCUGUUCCAAUAACUCCAGGGAGACAGAAAUGAAAUCCCUUUGGUUGCAGAGCAUCACCAUUUUAAUGUUUCAUUAUACAAUGGCACUGAUUCUCUUAUCUUGCUCCUGUUUCAGACAAACAGCGAACCUCUGAUAUACUCCAAAAGCUAGAGGUUCCCAUAAUCAGCACAAACACAUGCAAUGCCCUCUAUCACCAAGACUCCGGAGAGCUCAAACUCACAAAGGACAUUAAAAAUGACAUGAUAUGUGCUGGCUUUGCUGCUGGACAUCGGGAUGCCUGCCAGGUGAGACCCAGAUCAGUUUUAGUCCAUUAUUAGUACAUCCAGAUCUUUAGUCCAUCUAGUUCAAUCUCACCUGCACUGAGAGGCAGCAGCUCGCCAGUGUUUCAGAUAAGACUCCCUCCCAGUCCUACCUGAAUCUGCUAGACAUUAAACUUGGGACCUUCCAAAUGCAAAGCAGAUGCUCUGCUACUGAGCUACUGCCCUUGCCAUAGCUCUUGGGCAUCAUCUCCCUUCCCUGUGCCCAGAGGCGGUGGAAGAGGGAUGCAGUGGGGGUGGGCCGCCCCAGGUGUCACCACUGAGGGGGGUGACAAAAUGCCUGGCGGCACUCACCGCAGAGCCUGCAGCGCACCCGAGCCACGUAUCUCUCCUGUGAGUGACACGAUGGCUUGGGUACCCACAGGCUCCGUGCUGCCCCACCCACCGCCUCCACCUCAGCUGUAGAGUGGCUGAAUGGGAGGAGGCAGGCAGACUCCUUGGAGGCCCUGUGGAGUGUCCUGCCCUGGCUUGCCCUGCCCCGUGGGCGGCUGGCCCUUGGCGCAGGGCACGCGCGCCGCCCCAGGUGCCAAUUGGCUUGCUCUGCCCACUGCCUGUGCCUGCAUUUCCCAUAAUCUAUUUGGGUUUUCUCUGCACAGGGUGAUUCAGGAGGACCACUAGCCUGCCGAAUGGGGGACUCCUGGCUCCUCGCAGGCGUGGUGAGCUGGGGAGAAGGGUGUGCACAGAAGAAUCGCCCUGGUGUUUAUGCCCGUGUCACAUCCUAUCAGUCAUGGAUCCACAGCCUGAUACCAGAGCUGACUUUCACCAGUGUGGAAACCAAGGGCCAUGGGUCAACGGUGAACAACAGAAGCACCAUCAAUGGAGCAUCAGCUGGAAGUCUUAGCUUCAUCUCCAUCAUCAUAGCCACUGUCGUUUUGCUACUAUCUUCUGAGUAGACUCUCCGGAAAAGGAGGGCAGCCCCUUUUUCCUGGGGAGACCUUUGUGCUAAUCCUGCAGGCUUAGUUUGGAAGAGGAUGGAGAUCAUCAGAACUGCCAGUGAGGCCAUCAAGGAGACUUCAAGCUCUGCUGCUGUAUGGUUUUAAGAAGUGACUGUCGGCUAAAGCAGUCCUUCUUGGCCUUUCUGAUACAGAAAUUUGUG